AUGAUUUGGGAAGGCUCAAAGAGGAAUCAACUGAUUCUUGGAACCCCAUUCCUUGCUACAGCUGGAGCGGUCCUAAACUACUUUGGGAAUCAUCUAUCUUUUGGCCACAUCCGGCAAGAUAUCUUUUUCCCAAGUGUAAAUUUCAGGUCAGUGCCAAGUGCGACCAAGCUACCACCAGAAGAAGCCACUCUCAUACCUAAGAAAGAAGCUAUGCUGCAUGGAGAAAGAAGAGAGAAUAUCAACUCCAUCUUACUUCCAACCUUUGACGAGUAUGGAGCUGAAGAGGAGACUAAUGGUGCACCUAAUCUCUUUCACAAGAUAAGAAUCUUUACACCAAAAGAUUCGGAGCUUAAAGGUGACCAAUCCAUUGAAGAGAAGCUUGAGAGAACUAUGAAGCUUUUCCCCAAGGCAUUGGUUUUCAAAGAUGAUGUGAGAGAUGACAUGGCGCGACAACACCACCACAAGAAUCCACUGAACCGGAGAAUGGAGAAGCUAAAGGGAUCCUUUGCCCUUCAGCCACUCUUCACCACGAUUGAAAGAAAGAAAAGGAGUCAAGCUAAAUGA